GCAGGCAGGCGGCGAGACACUGAGCAAACCACACCGGGACGGAACGACUCUCAAGUCCGCUCGCGGGAGAUGGAGGAGGAGAUGCUACCGGCUGACGAAGGUCUCUCUGCGGCCAAAAUCAGCAGGCAGCAGCGGAGUCCGUACAGCUCCCUUAAAACCUUCCCGAGCAAGCGCACAGUAGGCAAAGCGAGAUAUGAUGACAGACCCACAAUGGUGGACAUCCCGCAGCUCGGAGACCAUCAUCAUCAUCAUCUCAGUCAUCAGCAUCAGCAGCAGUUUUCACAGCGCGUGCCGCUUCCCCAAUCCCCGCUGCCCAUAAGCAGUAGCACCCAUCAGCACCGACUCCCCUGCGAAAUCAGGCCCAGCAGCAGAGCUUCCUCAGCGGGGAGCGGCGCGGCGGCGGCGGCUUCAUUUGGCAGCCCGCGGAGGGUCGCGGUCGCGGGCCAAGAGUCCGGCAGACUCCGCGCCGAGCUCAGCCACCAGACUCCAGACUGCACCUACGGUAUAAGCUCAGAAAACCGUUUGAUCCUGGAUGCCUUUGCGCAGCAGUGCAGUCGAGUCCUCAGUCUUCUGAACAGCAACGGCCGCCUCCUCGAACCCCAGCCGUCCCUCAUCCCUCCGUCCUCUUCCAUCUCCACCGCACUCAUCAAACAAGAGGAAAGCUGCCUGUCUCCAGAAGAGCGUCUCUCCUCCAAACCCAGGUCUCCAUCAGUGGAGAACGCAGGAGAAGAGACCCAGCGGGGGAACCAGUGGAACCAGCAGCAAACCUCCACAUUCCUACGCAUCUUCACAGAGUCUCUGCAGAAUUACCUGCUGUCGGGGCCGCAGCCGUCUGAUGGCGAGCGCUGCCGGCAGGUGGAUGCGGAGCCCGUGGCGUCGGGAUCCCCGAGGCAGAAUCUGAGCGGAUGGGCGUCUCCUGCGCCAUCAGAGUCAUACGGACACCCGUCUUCCACACUGCCAGAGGAGGAUGAGGAGGAGGAGGGUUGCUGUCCGCGGUGUGUGGAGCUGGAGCAGGAGGUGCUCAGUCUGCAGCAGGAGAAUGAGGAGCUCAGACACAAACUCGACACUAUACCAGCUCCCUGCCAGAACGUUCUAGACUAUUUUAAGACCGUUCUCCAGCACUACAACCAGUUUGUGCAGCCCCAGCCUGAAGAGCAGCUUACCGAGGGCAGUAAACAGCUUCUGGGAAACUACCCGCUCUUCAUCACCAAUAAGCAGUGGGAUGAGGCGGUGAACUCCUCUAAAAAAGACGGCCGGCGGCUCCUGCGGUACCUGAUCCGCUUCGUCUUCACCACAGAUGAGCUGAAAUACUCCUGUGGCUUGGGAAAGAGGAAACGCUCGGUUCACACAGGGGACACGGGACCAGAGAGACGACCUUUAAACCCUGUCAAGGUCACUUGUCUCAGAGAGUUUAUCCGGAUGCACUGUGCUUCUAAUCCCGACUGGUGGAUGCCCUCGGAGGAGCAGAUAAACAAAGUGUUCAGCGAUGCAGUGGGCCACGCGCGGCAGGGCCGGGCUGUAGGCAGCUUUCUGGGCGGCAGCGGCAGCAGCAGCAGUGGAAGUUUAUACAUGGAGAGCUACGACGGGCAGCUCUCUCAGGACGAGCUCUAUCUGAAGGGCUCACAAAACGGCCUGGUGGACUAAAGGUGAGGAUCGAGUCCUGCCGUCACUCCAGACUCUGACCCGUGUGGAGCUGUGUUUGAGUAUAAUCCUUAUUCCUUCCGCUCAAAACAUUCCAGGGAGUUCACAUUUACAGUUAAAGUCAGGAGUCGCCCUCCCUGUGAGUUUAUUUUUCUGAAUAUUUCCUAAAUGAUGUUUAACAGUGGAAGGAAAUUUUCACAGUAUUUCCUAGAAUAUUUUUUCUUCUGGAGAAAGUCUUAUUUGUUUUA